AUGGCAAGCAUCACGAAUGCGGAUCUCUCAAAAGUGUCGUUCAAUCCGUCGACGUCCGUCACCUUCUUGCCGGUCGAAAAAAAGCAAAUGGCCACCAUCGAAGUGACCAACGGAUGCAAUUGUGACGUGGCGAUCAAGUGGAAAAACACGGGACCGAAACGCUACAAGACGAUUCCGGCUAUUAUCAAGACUGCUCCCGGCGAAAAGAUGACCUUCAAAUGCUACUUCAAGGGACUGGAACCGGAAGUUAUUGUAAAGGAUGCUACUAAAGAUAGGUAACGGUUUUUAAAGUUUCAACCAGUCACAAGAACGAUUACAGGUUCACUAUCGUCUACGCGGCGGUGCCGAAGAACGCUGUGCUGGACAAAGUGUUCGAACGCCAAAACGUUAAAAAGUUCAAAACGCAGAAGAAGAAGAUCUUGAUUUUCUUCCAAGGGAUCAACGAUAAACCGAAGGAGGGUGAGACGCAGCAGCCGACGGGCAACGACGAGGAGGAGGACAAGGACCGCCAGGGACAACUGCGUCAGAAGCCGAAGAGCGAGGUGAAGACGGCGUCGGCGCCGGCGCCGGUCGCACAGCCGCAGGCAAAGAAGGCGACGGUGGUGAUGUUCAUGAGGAAGGAGGGCGAGUCGCUGUCGGACGAGGACGACGAGAAGGAGGACGAUGGGACCGUGCCGGCUGCAGCUCCCGUCGCCGCCGGCGACGAAAUGCAAACAACCCGUCUGGCCGUCGACUUCAAAGGACAGCAGGCGCCGAAUGCUGCCCCCGGCACUCCGGUUACUCCUGGCGACGACCUGAAGACUACUCGUCCGGCGGGCACUUUCGCUGCUCAGGCGACGCCGAAUGCUCCAGGCACUCGGGCCGAUCCGAAGAGCGACCUCAAGACCACUCGUCCCGCUGGAACCUUUGACAACGCGCAGAAGCCGAACAAGUGA